AUGGCCCAGCAAAAAAAUCCUGUAAUCUUACCAGCGAAGGGACAACACUGGGAAACGAACAGUAUGUAUUAUAACUUUAAAUUGGCUCAUAGCUUUGGUGAUCUUUUUGAUCAAUUACUUAAAAAAUAUCUUAAAAAUUUAGCUUUAAUUCAAUUUGGAUCAAUAAAUCAACCGUCCACCAAUUUGCCGUUAUCGUCCUCCCCAAUUCAACCACCUCUAAUCAGCGGAGGAAGUCAUCCCCCUCCAUUACCUAAAAGUGGUACCCCUACAUUUGGGACGGUAACUACACGAAGUUCAGAAGAGCUGGUACAACCAACACCAACGCAACCAGUUGUUGCUUCUUCUGGCCCUGGAGCUGUUACUGGCGCACCUAGGCUUGCUACACGUAUACAAAAUGAAAUUCCUCGAACUCAUUCUGCUCCACCGCAGCUUAAUCUCCAAGAUUCAAUUAAUGUCAAAAAUGUAGGCCAACAGUCAAGUCAUCAAUCAAUUACUACUGUACCACCACAUCGUACUCAACCAGUACCCAAUGUACAACAGCUGUCCGCGGCUUCAUCUCAUCAACAACCUACUCCUCCAACUUCAAAUCCUACUCCACAUCAUCGUAAAGAUUCUAUAUCUUCAAAUGAUGGUCAGCAAAUUCAAACUUAUCAUCCUCAUCAACCUCAACCUCAACCUCAUCAUAAUAACCAUAAUCCUCCAAACCAACAACACGCUCAUACACAAUAUCAUCAACAUUCUCGACCACAUUCACAUAUCAAGCCUAGUGGUGGGAUGGGUCCGGGAUCUGUACAAGGGGUACAACAAUAUCAUCCAAGGCGAGACAAGAAUGGUCAUCCUCACAUAACCUCCGCUCAACAAACAGUUCCUACACAAGCUCAAAUGGCAAUGACUGGACAGCCAACAAUGCCGAUACAACUUGGGUUUUAUCGCUCCAGACCACAACAUUCUUAUAACCCUGCUCCUUAUACCCCUUCUCAACCAAAAAGUAAAGCUGUCCCAAUAAUAAAUCCUACGGAUAAGACAGUUGUCAAACCUACUCCUACCGCCAAACCCAUUCCUCUGGGUAAUUCAACUAUAAAGAAAGAUGAGACUCCUGUAUCUGUAGCUGUUGAUGUUAAAAAGCAUGAUGAUGCCGAUAAGGAAAAAGAAAAUCACAUUCCGGAUGCAGAUAAGAAAGAGUCAAGAGCAGUUCCUAUAGUUAAUCCUAUUUAUAAAGAAAAAGAGCGUGAAGAAAAAGAGCGUAGAGAACGUGAGGAAAAAGAACGUUUAGAAAGGGAAGAGAGAGAGCGUAAAGAGCGCGAGGAAAGAGAAAGAAUAGAAAGGGAAGAGAGAGAGCGCAAGGAGCGCGAGGAAAAAGAACGCAAAGAGCGCGAGGAAAAAGAACGUAUAGAGCGUGAAGAAAAAGAAAGAAUAGAAAAAGAACGCAAAGAGCGUGAAGAAAGGGAACGUAAAGAGCGUGAAGAAAAAGAAAGGAUAGAAAGAGAACGCAAAGAACGUGAAGAAAGAGAGCGCAAAGAGCGCGAAGAAAAAGAAAGAAUAGAAAGGGAGGAAAGAGCAAGAAUAGAAAAAGAAGAGAAAGAGCGCGAAGAAAGAGAACGCAAAGAGCGUGAAGAAAAAGAGCGCAAAGAGCGCGAAGAAAAAGAAAGAAAAGAAAGGGAAGAAAGAGAAAGAAUAGAAAAAGAAGAGAAAGAGCGUAAAGAGCGCGAAGAAAGAGAAGAACGAGAACGCAAAGAACGUGAAGAAAGAGAGGAGGCUGAGCGGUUACGUAAGGAAAAGGAGGAAAAGGAGGAAAAAGAACGACAGGCUCGAGAAGAGCUCGAAAAGGUUCACCUUGAAAAUGAACUAGCGAGGCAGGCUGAAAAAAAGAGACUAGAGGAAGAAAAUGUUAAAGCUGAAGCCGAAGAGGCAGAAAAGAAAAAAGAGACCGAAUCAAAAGAACCAAAAGAUAAGAAAUAUGGAAAAGGAAAUAAGCCUGGACCAUUGGAUCUUUCUUUAUCUCGCACAGCCUCAGCACCAGCACUAGGAAGUGCUCUUCUUAGUGCUCGUAGAAUCGAAGAUUUAACGGCUGUAACAUAUCCAGCGAAUAUUCAAUCUCCUAAAAAUUCUGAACCUGGAAAAUAUAAAUAUGAUCGUGGUUUCCUUAUGCAAUUCAUGACUGUUUGUAAGGAUAAGCCAGAAAAUUUACCUACAGAUGUUAUUGCUAUGGAAGAAGCCAAGGAUGAUAAAAAAAGAGGCACACGUGCCAAUUCUCGUCCCACACAGCAUUCUAAAGGCAGUCCAAAUCAAACUACACAGUAUGCACAAAUGGGUGAAUUUAAGUUCACACCAAAGACAAGUGAAGAACGUUUCCUCGCUUCAACUAAUACAAGUUCCAGAUCUAUUAGUUCCACGGGUAGUUUUGGUAGUAGGUCUACACUUGGUCCUCGUACAGGUAGUGGAAGCACAAUAUUGCCACCCAUGAUGAAUAUUCCACAAAGUCCAGGUAGGAAUUCCAGUAAUACUCGACGAAAUACAGAUAAACAUGGUAAAAAAGGUAUACAUCAAUCUCAACAAGGUCAGAAUAUGGGACAAGAACCAGUACCACCUCUUGAAAUGACGGAAAAUCGAUGGGUUCCCGUUUCAGUGAGCAAUCAACAUAACAAAUCAACAGAUGACUUUAUACCGAUGGAAACAGUACAGCGUAAAGUUAAAGCUUUAUUAAAUAAAUUGACAUUAGAGAAAUUCGAUAGUAUAUCAGAUCAAAUUAUUGAUUUUGCCAAUAAAUCUAGAGAUGAAAGAGAGGGGCGAAUAUUAAAAGAGGUUAUUCGUCUUACAUUCGAGAAAUCAUGUGAUGAACCAAAUUUCAGUCAAAUGUAUGCACAACUUUGUCGUAAAAUGAUGGAAAGGAUAGACGUUGAGAUAAUAGACGAAAACGUUAAAAACGCUGAUGGUAAAUUUGUUCAGGGUGGUACAUUGUUUAGAAAAUAUUUGUUAAAUAGAUGUCAGGAAGAUUUUGAAAAAGGUUGGAAAGUCAAUGUUCCUUUACCAUCUAAUGAAAAAGGCGAGCCUGAUCUUAUGUCAGACGAAUACUAUACAGCGGCAAAAGCAAAAAGACAUGGACUUGGUCUGAUACGCUUUAUUGGUGAAUUAUUUAAAUUAAAUAUGCUUACUGAGCGUAUUAUGCAUGAAUGUAUAAAAAAAUUGUUGACUGUAUCCGGUAAUCCUGAAACUCCUGAAGAGGAAGAAAUGGAAAGUUUAUGUAAAUUAUUAACUACUGUUGGGCAACAACUUGACCAUGAGAAAGCAAAAACACAUAUGGAUACAUACUUUAGUCGAAUGGAAGAUAUCUCGAGAAACCCAAAAAUAAGUAGUCGUAUAAGAUUUAUGUUACAGGCAAGUCAUUAUAUUCAAUUUGAUGUAAUUGAACUACGAAAUAAUAAUUGGAUACCGAGACGUGAUAACAAUGCUCCAAAAACCAUUGCUGAAAUUCACGAAGAUGCUGCCAAACAAAAAGAAGAUGAAUUUAUGAGGAGAACUGCAAGUUCAGGUGGCAGAGGAUUGCCUAAAAUGGCGGAUCAAAUGACACGUGUCGGUUCUGGUCGUCGCGAUCAUCGCGACAAAAGUUCGAGUGGUGGACAAUCACUUGAUGGUUGGAGCACAGUUAGUGGUUCAUCAUCACGGAAAGCUGGCGAUCUAUCUAAAUUUGGGUCAGUAUCGCGUAGUAAAGUCUCCGGUCCUGUAAGUUUAGCUCCUGGUGGAGGGGUGGGUGCUUUUACAGGUGGAUCGAAAGGAUGGAAAACUGAGAACAAAGAUCGUGAAGAUAAAGCUUCCAGCAUGGCACGAGCAAAUUCAACUUCGAAUUUGUAUAGUGUAUUAACUCAUGCUGAUACUGAGCGUAAAUCGUUUGAAGGACCCACUACCGACUCACCGAAAGCAUCCCCCCCAGCAGAAAGGAAAAAGUUAAUCCUUCAUCCACGAUCCAUUCAAGAAAGUAAUGUUGCUCCUAAACCAACUACAGCCGCUCCCUCACCACCACAACCAUCACUGAUAUCAGAGGAGGUGGCAGAAAGAAAAAUCAAUAAUAUGAUAGCUGAAUACUUUAACGUACUAGAUAUACAAGAGGUUAUUUUAUGUGUAAAAGAUUUGCCCAAUGAAUAUCAUUCAAAGGUGGUCUCAUCAUUUGCCAAUAAGGUACUCGAAAAGAAACAAGAUGAUGUACGUAAAGUCAUUGAAAUGUUUGACCGAGUCAUGAACGAAGGCGUGCUUACCAAGAAGGAAUUUAUAGAUGGUUUAGCUGUUACCAUAGAAUUUUUGAUAGACAUUGGUGCUGAUGCACCAAAAUCUUACACUUUUACUGGACAAUUGUUAUUUACCGCUCGAUUUGAUCUUAAAGAAGUAACGGAAAUAUUAAAGCCUUUAUUAGAUGAUGUAAAGGGCACAGAAAAGGUGGUGGCUGGAUAUAUAGAAGAAUGGAAAAGAGAAAUUGACGAACAAUCAAUUGCGCGAAAGGUGAAAGAUUCCGGUUUUGAUUUUAAAUUAAUAUUUCCUCACAGCGAUAUAAAUAAAUCCCUUGAAAGUAUUGGGCUUGAGACAUUAAAAAAAUAA